AUGGAUACACUACUAAGACAUGGGAGGAAGACAGAGAUUGAACACGAAAUCGUUCAUGAAUUAUCUCAAAUGUUGGAUCAGCAUAAUAAUUUGGUCAAAUCCUUUAGAAUGGCAAGGGAUAGAUUCAAAGCACAACCAGAAUCUACGUUUCGUUUACGCCUCCUAAGUAGCAGGACAACAGAUGGUCGUCAAUACAAUAUGCCAACAUCAUCUGAAGUAGCAGGCUUGUUAGUUGGUGAUUUUAGUGAAGCGAACUUCGAAUGUGACGUUAUUGUGGAGCACCGAACUAAAGGAAUUAAGAGAAUCACAGAUCUGCAUCCAAGUUUCAUGUCUACGACGUACCCAUUAAUACACCCUUAUGGUGAAGAUGGAUAUAGACUUGGCAUACCUUUGAGAGACGUAACUGAAAGCUCUUUUAAAAGGCAAAAGUUGACAAUGAGGCAACAUUAUUGCUUUAGGUUGCAGCAAAGAUUAAAUGAGGGUCAUACUCUUCUUCGAUCUGGUAGACUACUGCAACAAUAUAUAGUUGAUUCUUACAUGGCAAUUGAAGAAGAAAGAUUUUGUUGGAUACGAAAUAACAAAAAAAAACUCAGAUCAGACCUUUUUUCUGGUUUAAUGGACGCUAUUCAUCGUGGUGAUUCAGAUUGCUCAAAAGUGGGGAAAUCAAUUAUUUUGCCUUCGUCACACACUAGGGGACCACGAUAUAGAGUACAAAAUUAUCAAGAUGAUAUGGAAUUUUGUAAAUGGGCAGGAUAUUCUGAUUUAUUUCUUACUUUCACUUGCAACCCAAAGUGGCCAGAAAUAAAUGAUAUGAUCCAUUUAAUAGGCCAAAAAGAUGAUAACAAUCGGGUCGAUAUCAUAUGCAGAGUAUUUGAGAUAAAGCUAUUCCAACUAAUGCACGAUCUGAAAAAAGAACAACCGUUUGGAAAGAUAAUCGCAUGUAUAUACACAAUUGAGUUCCAAAAAAGAGGACUGCCUCAUGCACACAUACUACUUUUCUUGCAUUCGACAUUGAAAAAUCCUUCAGCAGACCAUAUUGAUAAUAUAAUAAGCGCGGAAAUCCCGGACUUAAAUGUUGAUCCUGAUGGUUAUAAUGUCGUCAAUAAAUUUAUGAUUCAUGGACCUUGUGGAAAACUUAAUUCAAACUCUCCAUGUAUGAUGCAAGAUAGGUGUACAAAACAUUUUCCAAAAAAAUUCAAUGAUCAAACGACCAUCGACACAGAUGGCUUUCCAGUCUGCAAAAGGAGAAAUACAGGUAUUCAUGUCGAAAAGAAAGGUGUCCUUUUAGAUAAUCGAUAUGUAGUCCCUUAUCACAGGAAUUUGGUUGUCAAAUUUGAUGCAAAUAUUAAUGUCGAGCCAACAGUUGAAAGAUUACCCUUCCAUUUACCUGGAGAGCACACAAUAAUAUUCGAAGAAAACAAAUGUGUUGAAAAUGUUGUUUGCAUACCUGGAAUAGAAAAAACAAAGUUCACUCAAUGGUUGGAGGCAAACAAGAAUUAUGAUGAUGCACGAGAGCUAACUUAUUCGGAUUUCCCUAUAAGUUGGGUUUGGAAUUCAAAGGAGAAAACAUGGACUAGGAGAAAAAAUGGAUUGGCAAUUGGAAGAAUUUACUUCGCGCAUCCUUCGACUGGAGAACGCUUCUAUUUGAGAAUGUUGUUAAAUUUUGUCAAAGGGAGCACUUCUUAUGAAAGUAUUGGAACAAUAAAUGGGGUGACAUAUCCUAAUUUUAAAGGCGCAUGCUAUGCUUUGGGAUUGUUAGACGAUGAUAAAGAGUGGAUAGAUUGCUUGACUGAAGCUGCAAUAUGGGCAACUGGAAAAGAAUUAAGACAUCUUUUCGUCACGAUACUCAUUCACUGUCAGGUUUCUGAUGCAUCACAACUUUGGAAAUCUAAUUAUAUUGCAUUGUCAGAAGACAUAACUUCAUUGCAAAGGAAGAGAUUUAGAAUGAAUGAUCUUAAGCUAACUGAACAACAAGUUGAAGCAUACACAUUGUUCGAGAUUGAAAGUAUCAUGCUGAAGAUGGGAAAAAGUUUGAAAGAUAUAGAUGGAAUGCCCCUGCCUAAUCCAUCUUUGAUAAGAGACUCGUGUAAUAGAUUGGUUAAUGAAGAGCUUGAUUAUGACCGAGAUCAAUUAAAGAUAUUGCAUGAGAAAUCAUUUGCUGCUCUAAAUCCUUGCCAAAAAUCAGCUUAUAAAGCAAUAGUACAUUCAGUAGAGAAUGAACAAGGCAAUUUAUUUUUUAUCAAUGGACAUGGUGGUACUGCAGAGUCGACUUGUGAAAUUAGACAAGGCACCCUACUAGCUGGACUUCUUGUGAAAAUUUCUUUGAUCAUUUGGGAUGAAGCACCUAUGGCAAAUAAGUUCUACUUUGAAGCUUUGGAUAAGACCUUAAGAGAUAUUCUAAGAACAAGGUUUGAAAAUAGCUCUAACAAACCUUUUGGAGGACUUACAAUAGUGUGUGGUGGUGAUUUCCGACAAAUAUUACCAGUUGUCCAAAAAGGUACAAGAGCUGAUAUUGUUGAUGCUUCUCUUAACUCAUCAUAUUUAUGGCCAUUUUUCAAAAUAUAUGAGCUCAACCAAAAUAUGAGGCUAUAUAAUGGAAGCUUGACUGGUUUUGAGGCUGCUAAAAUAGCUUCUUUUGACAGAUGGAUGUUGUAG